AUGUCUCCAUUUUGGAAAAAACCGUCUCAAGCGCGGAUUGUAAAGUUAACAAGCGGUGGCUUUUGGAGAAGGUCAGGAUGUUUCCUUGACAUUUUCUCCUUGGCAGAAAGAAAAAACAUUGACCUUGCAAUUGUGACUUACUUUAUUUAUAGCACUGUAAUCAUUCGAUUAACGCUCGGUUUGGUAAAAAAAAGUCCAAAUUCUAGUGAUUCAGUUCUUAAUAGACUUUUUCAAAAGGAAAAAGAAGAAAAAGGAAAGCCAAGACGUUUCAAUCAUCGAUUUUGGGAUAAUUUUAAGAUCAGAAAGCCUUGGGUCAAUGCAGUAGUUACAAAAAGUUGUCUUGAAUUCAAUCUAAACCUAACUCAAUUUUAUCACACAGUUUAUUUUUAUAAGCCACCAACAAACAGAAAUGAUGUAUUAACUAAGAACAAUGAUUUAGAUAAGACAUUACCUUUUCUACUUGUCAAGAUUGUUUACCUACGCUUUGCACUAUCGUUUUAUCAGAAAAGAGGCUCUCAGAAAUGUAAAUCCCACUUCAACAAAUCACGAGAAUGUCGUGCUCUUUGCAGCAAUCAGGUGGAAUAUAUAGGAUCAGUUUUUAAAUUCGAUCCACGGAAACUUUAUAAGACUGCAAUUAUGCAUCAUUUUUUCACAGGAACGGUUUGUGUUUUGGAAGCACUGGGUGUCAAGGAAUUCUGCCCAAUCUUGAGGAACUCAGGUGACAAGAUGGCUGCGUUUGAAUUAAAGUCAAGGUUUUGCCUUCAUGACCUCAAACUUCGUUUUGUUUGA